UCGCGCUCGCUCCCGCGCCCCCGCUCCCCACCGUAUCCGCUGCCCGGACCAUGUCCAAGACCGAGGAAGCCAAGCGUCUGGCCGGCCGCACGGCCGUAGAGAACCACGUGAAGAAUAAUCAAGUGCUGGGGAUCGGCAGCGGUUCUACCAUCAUCCACGCUGUACAGAGGAUAGCUGAAAGAGUAAAACAAGAAAACCUGAACGUUGUCUGUAUUCCUACAUCCUUUCAGGCCCGGCAGCUAAUUCUUCAGAAUGGCUUACCACUAAGUGACCUGGACCGCCACCCAGAGCUGCUUGCUAUCGAUGGUGCUGAUGAAGUAGAUGCUGACCUCAACCUCAUCAAAGGUGGCGGAGGCUGUCUGACUCAGGAGAAGAUUGUAGCCGGCUACGCCAAAUGUUUUAUUGUUAUUGCCGAUUACAGGAAGGAUUCAAAGAACCUUGGCGACCACUGGGUGAAAGGAAUUCCCAUUGAAGUCAUCCCAAUGGCAUAUGUCCCUGUGACCAGGGCCCUAUCCCGGAUGUUUGGCGGAGUGGCUGAGCUGCGGAUGGCUGAGCGCAAGGCUGGCCCUGUGGUAACGGAUAAUGGAAACUUUCUGUUGGAUUGGAAGUUUGACCGGGUGCAUAAAUGGAGUGAAGUGAACACGGCCAUCAAAAUGAUACCAGGAGUUGUGGACACGGGUCUCUUUAUCAACAUGGCUGAAAAAGUCUACUUUGGCAUGGAGGAUGGCUCCGUCACCGUGAGGGAGAGGCCAUCUCACUGA